AAGGCUUUGUGCCUUCAACAGUUGGUGAGCCGGGAUACAAAAUUAUCAUCAAUUUGUAAUUUUCUACACCAUCGAUUCCAAUGGAAACUUAAAAAUUAUCCAAUACUUAUACAGGAUGAGUGCUGGCACAUAUUGUGAGAAUUUGUUGUCUCCCUGUGUAAUAUGUGUGGCUGAUGAGACAGGGCUGGCCCCUGUGUGGUGAUAUCCCAGAUAUAUAUAUAUAUAUAUAUAUAUACAGUACUGGUACAGAGCCUGUGGUGUCACUGGGUACAGUCGCACCCCUAUCUACUGUGGUCAGUGUUUCCUCCGGAUUUAGUUCCCCGGGAGCCUCAUCACCUGUUCUAUCUCUGUCAGUCAGAACAGAUCUAAACGGUCUUAGGCCGUUCCCGGAUUCGCCUCACAACAUGACCGAGGUUGUCCCGGGGGAGCGGACACUCAGUUCUGUGUUAAGUGACCACCCCGGGGAACUCGUACGGACCGGAAGUCCGAAUUUCGUCUGCUCAGUUUUACCAUCCCACUGGCGAUCAAACAAGACCCUCCCCGUGGCUUUUAAAGUCGUGUCUCUGGGGGAGGUCAAGGAUGGAACAAGAGUGACCAUUACUGCUGGUAAUGAUGAGAAUUAUUGCCCGGAAUUACGGAAUAGUACGGCGUACAUGAAACAUCAAGUUGCCAAAUUCAACGAUCUGCGCUUUGUAGGGAGAAGCGGUCGAGGAAAGAGUUUCUGCUUGACAAUCACAGUUUGCACGCACCCACCUCAAGUGGCCCUCUACCAAAAAGCCAUCAAGGUCACCGUUGAUGGACCACGUGACCCCAGAAGCAAAAUCAAAUACCGACAAUUUGUCUUCACAGAGCUACGUACAGACGACAGACGUAUCCACCGCCCCCUGGACCUCCCAGAGCGCAGCCCCUUUGACCCCCUUCAGAACAGUCGAUUUAGUCACUCGCUUCCCGACUGGCAGAUCCGUCGACCCAGCUCCCACAUAUCCGACACAUCCAGCAGGGUUCUCCAGCCAUCCUCCGAAACCAACGGAUACCAUUCAGAGCCAUCUGGAAAGAGAAGCAGUCCCUGGGGUACGGGAUUCGAUCCCUACCCCGUCAUCACGACGCACGCCCCCGCUUACUCACAGCCCCCACCCCUCCCUGGCACAGGCCACCAGAUCACACCACCCCCUCCCUCCAUCGACUCUCAUAUAACAGACACUCUGCUCACCGACUCGAGGCUCCCAACGCUUCACAAGGGUUCAGGACCGCAUCAUGACGUAAUGGUCACAUCUCAUUCGCAGGAGCGCCCCCUACCUGUAGUCGUACCGGACCCUCAGCGACCAGACAUAUCAGCAUUGGAACCGCGUCAUUCCGAACCGCGCAUGCCUCUGGAUUCUCAACUUCCGAUAGUGUUGCCACGUUAUCCUGAGGUCCGGUUACAGGAACACCGAAUAUCGGAGACUCGGUUCACCGAAAGUACCAGUAGACAUUUACUUACACAUUCACACAGUGUUCAGCCAUAUCAAUCCACCAAUUCCAACUUCGCCAUAUUGCGAGAAAGUCGGGACAUCAACCCUUUGCCAUUGUCCGUUUCCCACAGUAGCUAUCCCAUCAUCACGGCCCAGGACCUACUGGCCAGCAUCAACCCGGCCACCACUAUGGCCCCAUCUUACCUGCCCGGGUCCCCAUCCAGUGUGCUACCAACCAGCUUUCUCUACCCUCACCUGUAUUCAUCGCCCCCUCAAAUUUCCAAUCUCUUUCUGCCGUCAGGGGAGGUGCGAACAUACGAGAUACUCGGUCAACGAUCAUCUGAUAUUCCAAUGAGGGUAGAUCGACCUCUCACACCCUCCAGUAACAGAUUACAAAUAGAGGGACCACCACGGUCUGUGCUGCGCGACGAACAAGAAGAACAACGCAUGCGCAUGGAAACAUCAAGGAAUGGUAUACACCAUAUGGAUGUUCAUGUCUCCGAAACCAACAGAUCACCGCCUAGAUCAGCUGCAGAUAACGUAAACCCAGACUCCACGGUCUGGCGCCCGUACUGAAGUCACUAACGGUCCUGGUUUCCAAUUCCCUUAGAAUCACGCAAUUCUUGCGAUGAUGAUCUGAGGUUUAAGUCUUGUGGUAGUCAUCGUCCAGGUGAUUUGUCGACAGAAGGACGGAAACGUAGUGCUUGUUCUGGCGAAAUCUGGAGUAUUUUUCGUUAACGAAAAUAGUGGCCUAGACCACUGAUCGGUUACAGCGCCAUGAUAUUCGACGGUCAGUCAGGAUGCAAAGGAUGGGACAUGAUAAGAUUGAUAACUGAUUCUUCAGUUCAAUUGUGAAUGUAUUAAAGAACGUUUACGGUGAGAUGUUUGCUAGUGAUAUCUAUUUUGACUUGAGUUGUAACAGAAUCUGUAGCAGUCGGCAGUGUUACCGUCUAUUUCAGUUGUGAUUAAAGUUUUAGUGUGGCGAAUGUAGCAAUGGGUGUUCUUGAUCGGCCGAGUGUAGCUGAAGUUUCCGCUUUUUGGUCGGUCGAGUGUUGUGGAAGCUCUUGGUCGGUCGAGUGUAGUGGAAGCUCUUGGUUGGCCGAGUGUUGUGGAAGCUCUUGGUCGGUCGAGUGUGGCGGAAGCUCUUGGUCGGUCGAGUGUGGCGGAAGCUCUUGGUCGGUCGAGUGUAGUGGACGCUCUUGGUCGGUCGAGUGUAGUGGACGCUCUUGGUCGGUCGAGUGUAGCGGAAGCUCUUGGUCGGUCGAGUGUAGUGGAAGCUCUUGGUCGGUCGAGUGUGGCGGAAGCUCUUGGUCGGUCGAGUGUUGUGGAAGCUCUUGGUUGGCCGAGUGUUGUGGAAGCUCUUGGUCGGUCGAGUGUAGUGGACGCUCUUGGUCGGUCGAGUGUAGCGGAAGCUCUUGGUCGGUCGAGUGUAGUGGACGCUCUUGGUCGGUCGAGUGUAGUGGAAGCUCUUGGUCGGUCGAGUGUUGUGGAAGCUCUUGGUCGGUCGAGUGUGGCGGAAGCUCUUGGUCGGUCGAGUGUAGUGGAAGCUCUUGGUCGGUCGAGUGUAGUGGAAGCUCUUGGUCGGUCGAGUGUAGUGGAAGCUCUUGGUUAGCCGAGUGUAGUGGAAGCUCUUGGUCGGUCGAGUGUAGUGGAAGCUCUUGGUUGGAUGAGACGAGUGUUUGGCCAAGUGUAGUAAUGAUUUAAAGAGUAAUAAUGCGUAGUAUUUAUAGUUUUGAACAGAUUUGACGAUCGGAAGUGUAUAAGUGCUUGGGUUUUAGACAGAUUUGGAGAGUUGGUUGUUAUUAGACAGAUGUGACAAGUGUAUCAGUGCUUGGGUUUUAGACAGAUUUGGAGAGUUGGUUUUUAGACAGAUAUGACAAGUGUAUCAGUGCUUGGUUUUUGGACAGAUUUGGAGAGUUGGUUGUUUAGACAGAUGUGACAAGUGUAUUAGUGCUUGGGUUUUAGACAGAUUUGGAGAGUUGGUUGUUUAGACAGAUGUGACAAGUGUAUCAGUGCUUGGGUUUUAGACAGAUAUGACAAGUGUAUCAGUGCUUGGUUUUUGGACAGAUUUGGAGAGUUGGUUUUUAGACAGAUAUGACAAGUGUAUCAGUGCUUGGUUUUUAGACAGAUUUUAAGAGUUGGUUGUUUAGACAGAUAUGACAAGUGUAUAAAUGGUUGGUUUUUAGACAGAUAUGACAAGUGUAUCAGUGCUUGGUUUUUAGACAGAUAUCGAGAGUUGGUUCUUUUUAGACAGAUAUGAUAAGUGUAUCAGUGCUUGGUUUUUGGACAGAUUUGGAGAGUUGGUUGUUUGUGCGGGAGUAAUGAAUGUGGAUGUACCCAGCUAUUAGUAUUAUUGUAACUCAUUUUCAAGAAACUAAGCGCAAUGUAUUGGGCAGUGCCAGUAUUUGGACCACUUGUUUGGUCGGUAUUGUGAUAGGACAUGUUACGGUGUCCUUUACAUUGAAAUAUUGUAUGAAUCUAUCCUUUUAUAUUUUAUUUUUGAAGUGUAUUUUUUGUCAAAAAUGUUUUUUUAAACACAAUGACAUGUUUAUCUUACAAAGUUGUAGUUAACAAUAUUCUGCUAGUUAAAUCCGAUGUCGAUCAUAAAAUGUCGGCGACGAAAGGAUAUUCCUUGGACGAGGGAAAUUAGACUACUGUUGGUGGACUUAUAAGCAGACAACGACCUUUAAAAUGACACAAUCAAAUACAGGUAAUGUUUGAUGAUACGAGCCUUACCUGUCAUCAACGUCACUAUUGACUUCCUUUCCAAUGUCCUAAUACUACUCCAUCCGACUGAUUUUAAGGAAAUAUUCGUCUUGGUUACAAAUGGUAUAUCAUUCCUUGCCGUUUUGCCUUUUUCUCCAUUUUACACCUUUUUCUCAAAAAUGGGUAAAACGGCCUGCCUCUGUUCCCAGAAAGGUUCCCUCGAUUUUCAUAUAAUUUUAACAGUCUUGUAGCGGGUUUGUGAGUACAUACGGGAGAGUCUUCUCUCCAGCCGACUAGCAAUGACGUAGAUUUUGUAUAGCGAUUUCUUUGUACAGUUUAUAUGGAUUUCAAAGUGUCUUUAUUCCAGCUCUAGAGGUCAGGGCCUUAAACUGUGACCCGGAAGCUUUAUUUUUUUUAAAGUCAGGGUCUUUAACUUUGACCCGCCAGUUUCAAGUCAGGGUCUUUAACUUUGACCCGCCAGUUUCAAGUUGCUACACGAAUGGUGCUUUGUGUGACUUUUGAUGGAUUUCAGUCAUGCGCAGAUAAUAUUUUGUUGUUACAACGUGUUUUGUUGUCUCAAACUUGAUUUUUGAUCUCAAUUUCAUUUGUGAUUUGUUUUUGUCCUUUUUCAACGAUUUGUAUUGAUGUAUAAAUUCCAGACUUUUGCAAGUCUUUAUAUACAUGUACUCCUUAUCAUCACAUCUCCCUCUCGUUUAAAAUUGGCUGUGCCAUUGAUUUCAGAAGUUAAAUCACUUAAAUCAUUAACAAAUGUUGCAGAUUAUUCUGGUUAUGAAACGCUUCAGUAUUUCAUGAUGUCCAAUUUUAUUGAAUCAUGUCAAUGUUUUUCCUUCUGAAUUUUGAUUGCAUGGACUAUAUUUUUUAUCGUCGUAUUUUUUAUUGGUAACUACUUUAAGAGCUUAGAUCACAAUUCAUCUUCAUUGCGUCAUUUACUUGCGUCAUUUUUGGUCGGAUCAUUUUUGUUGUUCCGGAAAUCCAUGAUUGAGAGGAGAUGGUGCAUUGUGGGAAAAAUUCCAAGACAUGUCUGCCAUUGAUGUGACUGUUACCAGUCAUUACCGUUCUAUUUUUGUUUACUCUACGUACUUAUGAUAUAUUUAUGCUCCACAUGCCAUUAAAUGUCAAAUACAAAACAAGA